UCUUCCAUUACCCAAACAUUUUUCAAGUAAGAAUUUCCCACGUAGUGCGUUGUGUAGGCCGGGAUGAAAUGCCACGAGUUCAUCAACUGUAACAUUGAGAGAGAGAGAGUGGGCGCCAGCCCGAACUAAUCCAUAACAUUAAAUACCAACAAAACAAAGUAGAUGCGACCAAGUCGGUGCACCGUGAAUCUACUCAUGAUUAUUUGAAACCAUGGUCCUGGACUCUACAAACCCGGCAUUGCUGUUGACAAGUCGUUCUGUAACUGAUUGCAAUCAUCCACUGCUAACAAGACGAGUGCAAUAAGGAGAUAGUCAGUGCCUAGUUAGACUGAAAUCAGGAUAAUUCAUGCAUGACCAAAUCUGUUCAUCUUUUUUCCCCAAGGCUCUGACUAACCUUUGGGUGGGCAGCAGUCUACCAUGACGAAACCAAACUGUCCAAACUAUGGACAACCAAUUGACACUGGAUGGUCCUGGGUCAUAUGUUUUGCUAGUUUUAUGUGUUACUUUCUUAUCGGAACGUCUGGACAGGCUUUGUCCGUCUUGUUUUUGGAGCUGUCGGCCAAGUAUCAGUCUAGUUUGACUGUAACAUCACUGACCAUCAUGCUUCAGAUUCUGUUGCUCAGUGUAUCCUCGAUCGUUUCUGUCAGUAUCUUGGUACCAAAAAUUGGCGAACGACGAAUCACUGUCGCUGCAGGUGUGGUUUUUGCUGGAUGUUCUGUCGGCUGCUCAAUUUCACCCAACAUUGUCGUGUUCAUCAUAUUCUGUGCAAUACAAGGUUUAUCAGUAGGGGCAGUCCUAGUUCCCGUAAUAGGCAUUUUGGGCUACUACUUUGACCAAAGACGAUCCCUGGCCAUGAGCAUAAGCAGCAGCGGUUUGUGCGUGUCCACCAUAGCGGCCCCUCCCCUCAUUAGGGCUUUAAUGGAGGCAUACGGUCUUCGAGGCACAUUUUUGUUUUUGGCUGGAGUGGAACUGAACAUGACAGUGGCUGGAAUGCUGCUCAGACCUGCAACUAGUUAUAGAACAUCCGGAAGUAUGAAGAAAAAGUUGCUUAGCGAUAUCCCAGAGAAAGACAAAACUAAUUCUCCACAAGAUAUGCAAGUUCGUGAAAAUCAUUCUGGCAAUCAUCACAUUCCUUCUCCAAGCGUAAAUUCUGAAGAAACAAACCACAUCAAGGAAGUGACGCACAAUCUAAUCACAAGAAGCCAUGGUGACGGCCUUGUACAAUACACUAGCACCAGUAAGAAAGAUGGAACGCAAGAUGUCCACCAGGGGACCAAGAAUGCGUUGAAACAGAGGCCAGUGUUGACGCGGUACAACUCUAUUAUAGGCGGAGUGGAGGCCGCAGAGACGGCUAUUGACGAGACUCUGCUGGAGAAGGUCAGAAAGACUGAGGACACAGAGAGCUGCACAAACUGCUGCUGCUUGAGGCUUCUAAAAGAGAUCUUCAACCCUGAAUUGUUUGAGCAGUGGGCCUUUCUCUUGUUCCUGUUGGCCACAAUACCAGGGGCGACAAACCAGUACUUGUUUCAGUACAUCCCUACCAUCGCAGUUUUUCAAGGGGCGACAAGAAGCGAAGGGGCGACAAUUCUGACAGUGUGUGGGUGCGUGGAUCUUGUCAGCCGGAUACUGACUGGUCUACUGGCUGACACCCGCGUGCUGCGACCUACACAGAUUGUGGCUAUCUCACAAAUUUGUUUAGGAAUCGUCUGCCAAUUUAACAUGUUCUUCACUGACUUCAACUCUUUGAUCAUCAUGGGCGUAUUGGUGGGUCUGUUUGUAGGCCCAAGACAAUCUCUGCUACCGCCCAUGUUGCUCGAGAUAGUGGGCAUGGCCAAGAUGUCAAGGUGCCUGAGUUUGACUGCAGUAGUGGGCACUAUUUCGGCUGCCUCACACAGUCCAGCAUUGAGUGCAGUAGUGCAGUCCACAGGUUCCUACGCCAUCGUCUUGUACUAUGUAGGUAUAGCUUUGAUUUCCAGUGCUAUUGGGUUAUUAUUAACUCCCUUGGUGACACGUCUGCAGAACAAAAAGAAGGGAGAAAACUAGAUCUACAAAUCGAACCAAUCAAAGAUAAGGCAGAUGCAAAGCACCUAGUAAAAUAGACUCUUAUAUUAUUUGUAAUCUACAUGUAAUACUUUUUUUUACUAUCUGUGUUUUUUUUUUUUUGUUUUUGACUUGAAAAUAACAAUUUGUUUAAAACAUUCCAAGUAUGUAUAUAAGUUAAUAUCUCAUUGUUGGUUAAUAUUACAUUGAAUUGUUCACAAGAUCGAAUUGUAAAGAGGACUGCGAAUAAUAUAAAUGGACUACAUGAGUAGCUAACGCACUUUUUAUUGUGAGCUAAUGAUAUUUUUGGCACAAUUCAGGCCAUGUCGUGCCCAUGAGUGAAUGAAAAAAAAAGUUACUUUUGUUAUACAUGAACUUGAAAUUCGUGGCUUGGCAAUGUUAAAUAUUACAAAAAAGGAGAUGUGAGUUUUAACGCACGUGUGAGUGUUGGGAGUCACAUUUACAAUGCAGUGAAUAACUGCCAUUUAAAUGGAUAAUAGUGUCUAUAUAUUUUGUGUGUGAACUGCAAUGAAGAUAACUUGAAUGCAAGUUUACUUUAGAAUGUAUGAAAUUGUGUCAGUUUGAAUAUAUUUGUUCAAAUCUGGAAUAGUGACAGGCUUCAAGUGUGAAUCUAUUUUAUAUCUUACCAAAUUUUAUGUUUAUGUAUUUCCAACUAACUUCAUAAAGUUUUUAUACUUCUAGUACCGGUAUUUUUGUGAUUCAGUGCUAUGCUCUUUUUUCAAAUGUUAGCGAAAGUGUAUAUCAAUCUACUGAGAUUAUUUGGACAUCCCAUUAUAAAACUUGGAUAAAUUGUGCAUGUUAUUUCUUUUGUGGUUGCAAACAAUUUGUUUGCAGUGUGUUCUAAGUAUAGGAAGUCAUUUUAUUUUUACUUUUCUAAUUGUAUUUGUUUUGAAAUAGAUUUCUAAGAUUGUGUAAUAAAGACAAAAUCAAUUUCUAAAUGAUAAAAA